AUGAAGAUUUGCCGUACGAAGCUGAAAAAGCAGACUCCCGAACCGCCUCCCGAUGUCAAGGUGCUCAUUGAUGAAAUUCUUUCAUAUGGGAACUUGAAGGAGCUGGCGAACUUUUUGUGUUCGAUCAGGACGUGGCAAUGGAGCAAGAGUGAACUUUGUCACUGGAUUGAUGUUCUCGAUCUUUUCGACGAUGUAUUGGAAGAAGCAUGUCGGCGAAAUCCCGACAGUUGGUUGCUCGAAUGCGAUCGUUCCGAGCCGGUCCUUCUACCUGGCGUGCUUAAUUUUACAUCUCACUUGUUUGAACACACGUUCUCCCGCCAUCUGUACAACUCAAUGGAGCACCUGAUCACCUUGCUCGAGUCCAGCCGGAUGAACGUGGUCCUGAGCACGCUCAGUUUGCUGUACGUGUUCAGCAAACGAUCGAGUUUUCUGACCCACAUACCGCGCCAACAGCGAGACGAAUUAAUGGAACGUUUGACGUGCUUAGCCGAGAGUUGGGGAGGAAGCAGUUAUGGCAGCCCGUCGACCUGUAGCAAGGCAAACUACUUUGUUCACAUGGAAAACGUUGACAAGAUGACACAGCUGCCCGGUGAGAUCAUGGAUGACAUUCUGACUACGUUUAAAGUGCCGAAAGAAAAGCAGAUCGUGCUCUUCUGCCAGCUACGACUUGCGCAGUAUCUUGGUGAUUACGGUAAACGAUUACAGUGCAUCUUAGCCAGGUUGAAGGCUUUAUCCGUGAUAAUGUAUGCCGGUUACAUGACAGAAAGCUGCAGCGUUCAUCUGUCGAAUGGAUUUGUAGAAGAAUGUAUAGAAUUGCUGAAAUCCCUUUCUUCUGAUUCACUCUGGGUGAGUAGUAGUGUUCAAUGUUUUGGCAACCGACAGAUUUCGAACAUUUUAACCACCACGCCGAAUGAUAUAAGAACAGAGAUCCUGAAGACGCUCACUGCGAUGAUUUACCUCGAUCGUCAACCGAGGCUAAACAUUAUCACUGAGCGAACCAACGCUUCUUACUACCAUGGUUUUUUACCGACAAUGGUGCGCUCCUGUAUCAGCUACCUGCUUCAAUCAUCCGAACGCAAGAUACCACAUUCAUUCAUAACGGCACUGUUUUCGUUCUUGUAUUACAUGGCAGGAUAUGACAGUGCUGGCGAUGCUCUGAUAUCAAGCGGGUUGACGGACACGUUGUUGUCCGUUGUCAGAUCGACCUCGAUCCUGGAUGAAAACAUUACGUUCGUAACGCGUUCCGUGCGAAUUAUUGAUCUGUUCACCACUACCGACAGCGAGACCUUUCAGAUUCUUGGUGGCAUGCCAACAUUCAUUCACCGACUUACGAAAGAGGUCGAGCUGUGUCGUCAGCAGAUGUCCUCCGGCGAUAAGGGCGACAGUACCAUGGACAGCGAGCCAUUGUUGCCUGAGCAUGAAACGGGUUCACCAGAAAUGGAAACUGAUCUACCAAAGCAACAAACAGCUGCGAAAGGCUGUUGUGCGCCUCAGAGAGCUGCGCUGAUCAAAUCGCUGUUAAACUUCGUGAAAAAGGCCAUUCAAGAUCCAAUGUUUAGCGAAUCAGUGCGACACAUAAUGGAUGGUCCUUUGCCGGAACAGCUGCUGCAUGUGAUCCAAAAUCCGGACUACUAUGGUUCUUCGCUGUUUCUGCUAGCUAUUAACGUCUUCACGUCUUUCAUUUUCAACGAGCCCUCGCAACUGUCUACUCUUCAAGAAAAAGGUGUGACAACCAUCAUCAUGGAGGCGCUGUUGGUAAAAGAAGUAUGUAAAAGACAACUGCUUGCAUAGAA